GAGAGAGUGCCGUCGUGGAGAGCCACGUCGUCUCUAUCCGAGUUGUGCGUCUCUACCUUGUCUUACACCGUCACGGUCUUCUUCUUUCUCGCGUCUGCCCGUCCCUUCUUUCGUUGGGCCACCCCGAAUUUCGGAGACGACGAUCAUGACGGGUACCACGAUCGUGCCGAUCCUACUGUUGGCGGUGAUCCAGGCUGCCAUGUGCAACAACUGCUCACGCAUAUGUAACCCGAGCGAGUUCUUCCCCGAUAUCAAAGGAAAUCUCACGAAGAUCAUCUGGGCGCACGCUGUCAACAGCCAGGCGGAAUUGGAGAAGGCGCUCGCGUCAGAGGAUGUCAUGAUGCUGGAGGCCGACGUCGUGAUAGGCAGGCUUAACAACACCAGCGGUAGCAAUUACACCGAUAUCCCGAUAAUGGCACAUCCACCGGCCGUGGAGAGCGAUCUGUCACUCGAGGAGUUUCUCAACAUCACCAGUAUCAAUGAUUCGACAAUUCUAUAUUUUAGAUAUGGAAAGGAGUUCAACAUCACCGAGGGUCGAUAUUCCACAGAGCAAAUCAAGAAUAUGAUCGACACUUUGACAGAGAACCAUGUCACCCAGCCGGUAACUUAUCCCGUACGAGCUGGUCUUGCGGCGAACGAUAUCAACGCCAUAAAGGCAUUGUUAAAAAACACGACAUUCACCAACGCGACCCUGACGAUUUGGUCAUCGGAGGGCGAUUCGGUCGACGCUGCGCAACUAUCGAAAUUGAUCAAAGAGGUGGGAAUAAAUAAAGUCUACGUGGAUGUGCCGGGGGAUUUGAGGAGAAAACUUGACCUGUCGGCCGGAUCCGCGAUGGCACCCAUGGUGAUGAAUUUAGGUGCGUCACUGGCGCUUCUGGCCCUGUCGAGGAUGCUGUAAAGAAGAUGUAGAUAGCAGACGUAGAUUUGCGGCGCGAUUCGAGAAAGGAAGAGCUGCAAACUCUUCAUUCCGUAGCCUCUCGAAGAAAGUACGAGCGAACGACGAAAUCCGAUAACGAUCGCACGUGAAUAUUAUGUGAUCGCCAUCGCGAUCGUUCCUUCGGGUCUUCGUUCGAUUCAUCGGCUACAUUUCUAAAGACGUAUCUCUCACAACAUCCGAUUCGUCGCGGCGAACAAUUUCCAUAGCGAAAUAUUUUCCACGCGAGAUUCCCUUUGUCCGAGAAAAAAAUAUAUGCCCGUUUUUGCCGAUACCAUUUGUACUUAAAGGAAUCGCGUUCAAACGACAUAUAAAAGAAACUCUGACUGUAAUAUAAAAUACAUUUUCUUUUUAAUAUACUUGACACCGUUAAGUCAUAACGUAAAAAAGAACACCUGCGUAUUUGUAGGUAGGCGUAUUUUAAUUCAUGUCUCGAGAGUAACUUUAUUACCGUUGAUAAAUAUUAACAAUUUACCCAUUGUUAAUUAAUGUCUAAAACAUUUCUGAAUAUUAUAUACUAUACGCGUAUGUUAAACAAAUCCAUUUAUAAACGUUACAUCCAUACGCACACACACAUGCAACCGAUUAUACAUUCGAAAUACUUAUCUCGUCGAGAGUAACAAUUUAAUUAUAUAAAGGACGUAUUUCAAAAUUAAACUAAAAUUUUUUUAUUAAAGUACAAACAGCGAUACGAAAAGAGCGCACCGUAAUUUCGUAUCAAGUAUCACAUGCAUUGUAUUUUGCUGUGCGCAUUUUCAUCGUGUUUAAUGUCCCUCCGUAAUGUUCCACCAUCCUGUACCUGCGUUUAACAUAUCUCUGAUCUAGGUGCAGCAAAAAAAUUAUAUUAGUCUCUAUAUAAACGUAUCUAAGCCAAAGGAUUUUAAAAACUGCAGUAUACGGUGCGAACGCACUGCGUUUGAUAAUGAGUCAAUAAAAUAUUACGCAAAAUUAUCAAGAAAA